AUGAAAAUUUCCACAUUAGCUACUAUUCUCGCAGCGGGUACAGCUGUGAACGCAGUUCCAGUGCAGCAGGUGAAUCACGAGGCUAGACAAGUCGCAGAUGUGUUGCAAGGCCUGAUCGACAAAGCGGGGAAGCUGAAUCCAACGCAGGACGCUUCUGCCGAUUCAACGGCAGCGACGAAGGAUGAGGUGUUGGAUAAUGGCCUCGACAAGCUCAAGAAGCGUGCUGAGGGGGAUACGAGUGAUGAUGCAGAGACUGGCGCGUUCGACGAGGGCGGCAGACUCGAUCAGGCUCUCGAACAGCUGAGGAGGGGACUGCUGAACGACUAUGUCGACGACUUGAUGAGCAAGGCUGCACCGGGAAAUCUCCUCAAACGCCAGGAGGACCUUGAGAUGAAGAUCAACGAGACCAUCUCGGAUGCUAUCAGCGAGGCUAACGAUAUGGUUCCUGAUGAUGUAUCUAUGUCAAGCAAGCGCCAGGCUGAUCUACCAGUUGUUGGACCACUUCUCGAGCAAUUGGCUGGAGGGUCUUCGUCAUCUUCAGCAGCACCUUCACUCCCACUACCAACGAAGCGCCAGGCUGAUUUGCCAGUUGUUGGACCACUCCUCGAGCAAUUGGCUGGAGGAGGAUCAUCAGCAACACCAGCAGCACCUUCACUCCCACUACCAACGAAGCGCCAAGCUGAUUUGCCAGUCGUUGGACCACUCCUCGAGCAAUUGGCUGGAGGUUCGUCAAGCACGCCAGCAGCACCUUCACUGCCACUGCCAACAAAGCGCCAACUGGACAGCGCAAAGGAGAUGCUGAGCGGGAUGCCAGUUGUUGGUACAGCCGUGGAAGGCCUACUUGGCGACGAGGAGGAGUCGGAGUCAGCCUCGUCUAUGCCCUCAAAUCCUCUCCAGCAAGUCAGCCAGCUCGGUAGCCGUGACGUGUACAGGUUCUGGGAGGCUAAUGGAGAUACCUACCUGGCUGAUGUGCAUAGGGUGGACAAAGAGAGCGCAUUCGACGCAACCAACCGCGAUGGCCACCACCACAAGGAGACGCGCCAGAGCGAGGGUGAGGACGCAGAGAGUGGUGCAGAGGAGGCACUCGAUGGGGAGUCCUUGACGGGCUUGGACGACGGCUUGGAUGCUCUCAAAAAGCGUCAACUCGAUGGUGUUACCGAUAUGGCUAAGGAUUUGCCAAUUGUCGGUGGUUUACUCGACAAUUCAUCUGGUGAUUCUACCACAGACACUCCCUCCGCUGCUGCUGCUGCUGCUGCCGCUGCAUCUUCUUCCGACACCAGCUCACCACUCGAUGCACUCCCACUCAAGAAGCGCCAGCUGGACAGUGUCAAAGAUAUGGCAGAGGGGUUGCCAGUAGUCGGCGGUAUGCUCAACGGCACAAGUGCGAAUGAGUCAGACUCUAGCUCACCGCUGAGUGCACUCCCACUGAAAGCGCGCCAACUGAUCCCCUCACCUCCCGAUCUCAGUGGUGUCUUGGAGGGAGGCUCACCCUCCAGCAACCCUGACGCAAAGGGGCUCGACAAAUUGCGCAGAUUGCUCGAAGAGGAAAAGCCAGACCCCGUCGCUGAUGUUUUCGACGGGCUCCAGGGUACGGUGAAGGAAGUCAGCGAUACACUCCCAGGAAAUGGCGGCACAGCUGAGACAUUCUUCGAGAGGAGGGCUGAUGAUUCUAGCGAUAGCUCAAACUCAAUUCAGAAUAUCCUCAAGUCGCUACAGAGCGCGGGGGAGAUGGAGAGCACAGCUACAGCUACAUCUACAUCGGCACCGACAUCCACACCUUCAUCCUCAUCCUCAUCCACACCUUCUAGCACCCCUAAUAUCUUGGAUGACCUCACUAAUACGGCUGCACUGAAGAACGGACUGAGUAGUGCAAUUGAUAUGAUUCCAGAGUGA